UGUCGACGGUAGAUCGUGUUUUGAACUCAGAAAGAAAACAACAUAGUAUGGUGCUUCAGAAAAGUUGAUCGUUAGUUUAUUGCUUAGUUGUUAGCUAGCAAUGGUUUUGUGUAGUGCCGUUAGCCAUCACUUUUACUGAACGGUCGCUAGUUUUAAUAUCACGCGCUUGCCUUUUUAUGACGGUGGCUACCGUCGGUGGGACUAUGCUGUGCCUGGGCGUAAUUCUUGUAGUAGUGGGCAGUGUUUGCUCUUUUAAUCUUGAAACGAGUCACCUGUUAGAUAAACAUGGCAUUCCGGGAUCGUAUUUCGGUUACUCGGUAGCCGGCCACAGUCAGCGAAUAUCGAAAGGCGGAGGAAAUGUAACAAGCUGGAUCCUGGUGGGCGCACCGUUAGGCCAAAAUCUGCAGCCAGCAUCCAACUUUUCCGGUGCCCUGUUCCGCUGUCCUAUUACUAUCGGGCAAGACGACUGUACACAGGUCGUGACCGACGGCCUUCGGACGGACGACGUCGACGACGACGGCGACCUGAACGAGCUGGACAGUCCCCAGGAGCUACAUCAGCGACUAGAACCACCAGGAGCGGAUGAAAUCAAGAGCAACCAGUGGCUCGGGGUGACGGUGGAAACAGGCGGCCAACAGAACAAGAUCUUUGUGUGCGCCCAUCGGUACAUCAAGAUCACCAAGCCGCAAACGAAUGCGUCCGCCGACGCUUCGCCUGGCCUUUACCUCGGCCAGGGCAUUUGUUACGUGCUGAACGAGGACUUUUCGUUCAGCUUCGCGGUGGAGGUGUGCAGGGGCCGAUCGAUCGACCGUGAACACCAGCAGUACGCGUUCUGCCAGUCGGGCACGUCGGGAGCGGUGCUCCCGGACGGAACGGCGCUCAUCGGCACGCCCGGCGCCAUGACGUGGAAGGGCACGUUAUUCAACGUGGCUAUCGAAGGCGACUUCCUUUCGCGGGAUAAGUAUCAGUAUUUUGCACCGCACGAUAACGUUCACUCGCCCGUGCCGAACUAUAGCUAUUUAGGAAUGUCCGUAACGGGUGGUAGAUACUUCGGCGAGUACAUGUCGUACGCCGGGGGUGCCCCGCGAUCCGCUGAGGGCAACGGCGAGGUGGUGAUCUUCUCGCAGCGUGGUCGAAAGAAUCCUUUCGAUCACAUCAUCUCGUUGCGGGGCGAACAGUUUGGAUCCGGUUUCGGGAGCGCCCUCGUUACAGCCGACGUAAAUGGCGAUGGUCACCUGGAUCUGCUAGUUGGUGCACCGAACUUUUUCAACCGGACCGACGGAGGCGCCGUGUACGUGUACCUGAACCGCGGCGCAAGCUUCAACGCGAAGUACGACCAACGGCUUACCGGACGGCUGGAGUCCCGCUUCGGCACCGCCAUCGCCAACUGUGGCGAUCUGAACCACGACGGACUGGACGAUAUUGCCAUCGGUGCACCGUACGAGUCGGACGGCAGUGGACGUGUGUACGUGUACUUCGGCACGCAGGGUGGCGCCCUGUCGCCGGAGCCAGUGCAGGUGCUUGAUCCGGUGGAACUGUUUCCCCAGCGGCCCGGCAAAUUCCGCACCUUUGGCAGCUCGCUUGCUGGCGGGCACGAUCUGGACGGUAACUCGUACCCGGAUCUGAUCAUCGGCUCGUACGCAAGCGACCGGGUAACGGCACUGCUUGCACGCCCCAUCAUCAACAUUCGCACGUAUGAGGAGCUGAGCCUGGACCAGCAGCAGCAGGGUGGGCUAGGCUCCAUCGAUCCGACCAAGUUUGGAUGUUCGGCCGACACGACCACCAACGCGACCUGUUUUACCUUCCGCGCCUGUAGUGCCGUCGACGACGCGUCGCUUGCCCUGAACGAGGGUGAUCCGCUGGCGGACACAUCGCUGCAGCUUCGCCUCUCCAUCAAUGCCGAGACGUUCUUGAACGACCGCAAGUUUUCGCGCGUCUACUUUGGCUCUCCAACGGCGGCGGGAAGCUCGGAAGCGGUGCCACCGGCCUCGAACGUGCCCCGUACCAACGUAUUUCAGCGUCGCUUCCGGCUGCCGGUCAAUGGGAAGCCGUACUGUCAUCCGGUGACGGCCUAUCUGAAAGAGGGUACGCGUGACAUUCAAAAUCCGAUCCAGUUCCGAAUCAGUUACACACUGGACGAGGGCAAGGAAAGCGAUAAGGAUGGUGCACCGAGACGUGGUCGGACAGCGGGACGACGCGACAGUGCGGUCCUGCCCCGGUUGGAGCCGAUACUGAACCGUACCGCGGCCGAGCGCACCUUCUCCGUGCCGUUCCAGAAGGAUUGCGGCUCGGACGGUAUCUGCCAGUCGGCGCUGGCGAUCCAAAGUGCGCAGCUAACCGGGCUGAUGAGUAAGGGGCGUGCCGGCGAGUACCUGCUCGUGCUUGGUCGUGACCGUACGCUUACACUGUCGCUGACCGUGCAGAACCUGGCCGAUUCCGCCUACGAGACGCACCUGUACGUCCAACAUGACGCGUCGCUCACCUACGCCGGCUCGAAGGGUUCGUCUGUGUGCGGCGCACACAACCUGACCGUGGUCGACUGCAGUAUCGGUAACCCGGUCAAGCGCCAAGGAGAGGUGCAGCUAGCGCUCCGCUUCGACGCUCGCUCGCUGGAGGAGUACGGCUACAGUCGCAGCGCGGUCGCCGACUCGUCGCAGGUGCUCUCGCUGGCCGUUUUCGUCAACACCACGUCACGCGAUUCGGGCACGAAAACGAAUGCCACGCUGAGCAUGCGCAUCCGCCGGAUGGCGAAGCUGAGUAUCAGCGGGGUGGCGCACCCGGAACAGGUGUUCUACGGUGGCGGCGGUUCGGCGAUCCUGGGCGAGAGUGCUAUCCAGACGCUGGACGAAAUCGGCAUGCCAGUGCGGCACGUUUACCAGAUUUACAACGAUGGACCGUGGCGGGCACCGUUUGUGAAGUUGAUGAUUGACUGGCCGCUGCAGGUGGCAAACAAUAAACCGCAGGGCAAAUGGCUGCUCUACCUGGAUGCCCUGCCAAUGUUGGAGAUGUCGUCGAACGGGAUCACGGGCGCUCCUGGCCCGGCCAGCUACUGCGAGGUGCAGAGGAAAAGUACCAGCGCCGGAGGGGCGGUCGUGAUCGGCGUCAACGGGGAACCCGAAGCGUCCCCGGUGAAUCCGCUCCAGCUGCGGGAGAAAGGUGGUGGUGUUGCUGGCAGUAACCGUGUGGCCACCGCCGGCUUUCUCCGAUCGUCGUUCAACGGCACUCAGCAGCAAGGUGCUCGUACGAUGCGCGUGCGGCGCGAUCGAGCGAUGGUGCUUCGCCCGUCACCCGUCGACGGCACGGUGCAGAUGGACUGCCCGAGCCAGACGGCCAAGUGCGUCCGGAUCGUGUGCGACAUCCACGACCUCGGUCCCAAGGCCCAGGCACUCGUCACGAUCACGGCGCGGCUUUGGAACGCGACGCUGGUAGGUGACUACUCGCUCGUGGACGUGGUGCGCAUCGGCUCGAGCGCCCACUUCACCGUCGAGGGUUUGGACGCGGGCGACGAGGACCCGUCGGCGGCGCCACCGACGCUCACCGUGCGCACCGAGGCGUUCCCCGAGAUGGGUCCGCCCAUCGUGGCGAAGGACGUGCCCUGGUGGAUCAUCGUGGUCGCGAUCGCCGCCGGCAUCCUCGUGCUGGGAGGCGUUACCUACCUGCUGUCGCGAUGCGGCUUUUUCCGUCGCAAGCGGCACACCGGCGAAGACCCGACGCUCAGCGGCAACCUCGAGCGACGCCGCGGACCGGGCGGCGGCGGUUCCGGCAACGGUGGCGAUGCGUACGACGCGCUCAGCGAAUCCAAUGGCGGAAACAGCAGCACUGCGGAGCGGAAGCCGUUCAUUGGACGGCGCACCUGAGUCACGGUCCACGAGGGGGGGAGGAGGAACUAGAACAGGGACAUCCGCGCGGCGGACACCAAUUGUGCCAUUUUUCUUACCCAGCAAGCAAACAAAUCCUGCCACCAUCCGCCAGCGCCACCGUUACUUAACGCAAUACCACAUUCGCAACCCGAAAAAAACAUGCAACGUGUGCCCAAUUAACUAUCGUACUUAGUCUUAGAACCGUGUAGCAUUUAAGUCAGUCAAACUCGAAUCCAAUCAAAAGUGAAACCAAUAACCAGUAACCGGUCGGCCUUUUCGAAACGAAAACCAAACCGUACGAAUGAUGAUCGACGUGUGGAUCGAAUCGGUUAGCGUCAAAAGAAAUAUUCCAUUGCCCCUUACAUUGCCUCCACAAUCUGGAUUUUGUCCUAUUUAGGCUAGGUUACGUUUAGCCCAUUGCGUUUGAAAAUCGCCCCGAGCAGCAUUAAUCAAUGAACUUGGUGUUAAUAUCAUCAGAGGGACAUGGCCCUUGGGAAGAUGCCAAUCCUAUCAAUUAAUGCUGUAAGGGAAUGCGAACUUUUACGAUAUGUACUUUAGCGUUGGUCUAUGCGUAGUUUUAUGUAAUUUAAAUGUUUAUGUUAACGCACUAUCCAAUAUGAUAGAUUUAAAAAAGGGCGUCGGGUAGUCAAAGAGAAAAACGGAGGGGAGGGUGGAAAGAAAUCAACAAAGCAGCCGUGGUGCCGUAGCCGAAACACACGCACCACAGGAGUUGGAGUUUCAUAUGCUUCCAAAUGCUUCGCCGCCAUUCGUGCCUUACUUUACCAAUUAUUUGAUAUAGUUCAUUUUUACAUCGGGUAAUUUUUAUAUUUUCCUAGACAAACGGUUUUUUUUGGCUCAUGGGGAUAGAAAGAAUUUUUAAGGAGAAGUAGAAGAAAAAAACGGUAGGAUUGAAGACGCUCGUUCAAUGGUGCCCCGUUUCAGUAUUAGACGUCCCGGCAGACGCGACAAAUUGAAUGGUUGUGGCAGUGCAUCCGGAUGGUAAUGUCUUUCGGCUGACCCCUCGGCUAAGGGAUUCCGUCUCGUACUUCAACACAACCACCAUUCCCAGUGACGUAACGAAGGGCUCUAGAUGCAAAACACAUUAGAAACUAGGAUUGAAACCGAUGGUAGCUAACGACAAACAAACUGAGCGACUGAAUAGACCCUCCAUAGAAUUUUUAAUUAAAUAAAACAAAACACACAAAUACAUUGCGAUGGUUGAAGCUCCUCAUGUAACCAGUGUAUGCAGGAGUCGAUGUGCGUAAUGAAUAAAUUUGGUGAAACGGUUC